UUUUUGUAUUGUAUUGAGUGAAACCAGGGAAUCGCUGAUUGAAACCAAUUUUCACUUUGUCUUGAAUUAUUUGUUUGAAGUAAUUAUAGGCUGGUCAUUGGGAUAGCAUCACUAUGGCGCAUAGUCCGAGGAAAGCAAUAAGCGUGGGGCGCGAUAUGCACGCAGUCCCCGACCUCAAUUGUGCGGUAACAGAUGCCGCGUCUAUUGGGUUUGAUUUCAUUGUGGCGCCCAUUUUCCAUCCUCGGUUCCAACGCAGCUCAGCAGCUGGUGCUGACUACCCGUACGCACUCACACGCUCCGACUUUGUGCUGCCUAGCAACGAGUGGAGUCGCAUUGUCGUUGGUCGAAUCUCACCCUGGAUUGACGUGGAUUCGCCAUGCGAGCAUCUGCGCAAGCGCUCGGAGAAGGCUCUGGUGCAGGAGAUCAACUACGCCAUCCAUCUGUGCCAGCCGACCGUACUGAUCACCCUGCGCAGCGUCAACUGUGCCAACCUGGCGCGUGUCAUCAACUCGUUCCUGGUGAAGAACUCACAGAUACAGUUCUGGAUCCAAACUCCCCUCAUCCAUCCUCGAGCCUUCGUCGAAAACCUGGUGGAUGGUGACUCGGCCAGUCACUAUCAGCCCCCAGCUAGUCGAGAUGAUGACCCCUGGCAUUGGUGGAACACGCUGCGUAUGCUCUGCUCCAACUCGACCAAGCUCGGCCUAGUCCCGGAGAUUCAGUCCGGUCUUCCUGACCAGGAUAUCCUCUCUCGCCUGUGUGGAGAGCCAGUUGUUGCAGCCGUGCUGCCCACUAGCACCUUCAUGAAUAACAACAAGGGCUUCCCUGUUCUCUCUCAGCUCCACCAAUCACUCAUACAGAGGCUACUGAAGCUCGAUAUCCAGCCAAUUCUCAGUGGAUCGCCUAAACACGAGCGGGGUGUCAAGGUCUACUUGCAGUAUAUCAACCACCUCCAUCAGAGCUUGCCUCCACCUGGCCCUGUGGAAGCCUUCUCUCGUGGAUACGAAGACUACCUUCAGUCACCGCUGCAGCCUCUUCACGAUAAUCUUGAAUCUCAGACGUAUGAAGUAUUUGAGAAGGAUCCCAUCAAGUACAAGCAGUACCAGGAGGCUGUGUACCGUGCUCUGUUGGAUCGAGUUUCUGAAGAGGAGAAAGAUACCAAAGUAACCACUGUAAUGGUUGUUGGAGCCGGAAGAGGCCCUCUUGUGAGGCAGUCGCUGGAGGCAGCGAACCGAGCACAGCGUCUAGUCAAGGUCUAUGCCGUCGAGAAGAAUCCGAAUGCAGUAGUGACACUGCGGACAUUCAAGGAGGAAGAGUGGCAUGACCGUGUGACGGUCGUGUCGUGUGACAUGCGCGAGUGGAAGGCACCCGUCAAGGCUGAUAUUCUCGUCAGUGAACUCCUCGGCUCAUUCAGCGACAAUGAGCUAUCGCCAGAAUGCCUGGAUGGUGCCCAGUCAUUCCUGAAGGAUGAUGGUAUCAGUAUUCCAAGCGAGUACACAUCGUAUCUCGCACCACUUUCUGCUCCCCGGCUGCAUGCGCAGGUUGCUAACAUCCGCGAUCCCAAUUCCAAGGACAGGACCAUAGCAAGAGAGGAUCCGUAUGAGAGUGGAUAUGUCGUUCGUCUGCACAAUGUCAGUGUUCUUUCGCAGGCACAGGCUGUGUUCAACUUUACGCAUCCCAACCGACCACAACCUGGAGCUGCCAUUGACAACGAGCGAUAUGUCACUCUGCGAUUCGUGUCCAGCACGGACGGGUUGAUGCACGGCUUUGCCGGCUACUUUGACACGGCCCUCUACAAGGACGUGAUGCUGAGUAUACUGCCCGAGACUCACUCACCUGGCAUGUUCAGCUGGUUCCCAAUGUUCUUUCCGUUGAAGGAGCCUAUCGCCAUCCGCAAGGGUGAGGUCAUCGAAGCUUGCAUGUGGCGCAAGGCCAACUCCAAGGAUGUGUGGUACGAGUGGUGCCUGACACGGCCAGUACCCACACCGCUGCAGAACGCUCUCGGCCAGACCUACCACAUAGGUUUAUGAUAGGUUUAUCAUAUUAUAAUAGGUUUAUUGAUUGCCUGCUUGCUUGUACAAGUGUCCCGAGUGAUUCCCUACGGUGUUCCCCGCCGUGGAGGAUGACAGGUGUGUUGCCUAUCAGAUCCUAUGCCGCACUGGUUUUCUCCGUAACGCUUGGCACCACGCCCAUCUGUCACGGACAGUAGGGGCAACGAUGUGAAGUCUUGCUCUCAUCGCCACUUCGCCGAGCGGCCGUUGCUACGCUGAAUGGCACAACUGCUGCCUUGUCGUACAGAUCUGGUCACUGGCUACAGUCUUGCUCAGGCUGCCCCCUCCGCACCGUACCAGCGACAACUGGUGAACACUUGCGGUCAUGCUGUGUCUUUUUUCCGUAUUUCUGCCCAGAGCUGCUCCCAUCAUCACAUCGCAUCCUCUUGCAGUAGUGUGCUUGCGUUCUGUUGUUUUGCCUCUGGUUGUGCCAGUCAUUCCUGUUCUGUUGCUGCAGUUUCGGACAUGCCAAGUCUGAGCUGACUUUUUUGCUGCUGAUCGAAUCUUAUUCGUCUACCAUUGCUGCUUGUCACCAGAAGUUUUCCUUCUACGGAACAGCGCAA